UAUAAUAAAUUUCAUGGCUAUCCAUCUUGAUCGCGAUUGCAAUGAAAUCCUGUCUGAAUAUGGUAAAGAAAAUCAAAAGAAAAAGAAGGAAACACCUUUUGAAAAAAUAAAUAAUGAUUUAAAUAUUGGGUUUGGAAUGAAAAUGUUGGGAGGAUUGAGUUCAGAGAUUAAACUUUUUAAUUUUGCCUAUACCUCCAUCCUUUCACAAAUUUUCGAAAAUGAAGGAGAAAAUAAAGAAUUAAACGGAAUGUGUUAUUUAAAUACUGAAAAGGAGAAUAAAUGGGAUUUUGAAUUAAUUAAAAUUGAAGGAAAUGAACAAAAAAUCCAAAAAUUAACUCAUGUAUUGGAAGAUAUAGUCAAAUAUUUAAAGUUUGGCAGAAAAUCACUAGAAAAAACCCCAAAUUCAUGUGAUGAUAGCAAAACAUAUUGGAUAGAAUAUAUUCAAGAAAAUUUUUAUGGGAACCCUUUAAAUUCCAAAAAUUAUUAUUCAGAAAAGAUUUCUGAAUAUAUAAAAGAAAAUAAUGACACAACAAAGCCCUCAGAAUUAACAGAAGAUUUAAUUUGUUUAAUGAUAAUAAUUGGGAAUGAAACAGAAAAAUAUUGUAAAGAAAGUAGAGAAUAUAAAAAGAAAUUUUUGAAGGAAUAUAAAAAUUAUAGUGAAAGAAAAGAUAAAGAUUUAGUUGAAAAAUGGGUUGGAAGGGUUGAGGAAAGAAUAAAUAAGUUUGAAAAAAUUUGUGAGAAAAUUGAGAAAUUAGAAGUAAAUAAAUUAAAUAAUUAAUUAAGAGUGAGGA